AUGACUGAUGUGCCCCGUCCUCGCUUCUUUACUACCAACAAAAAAGGAGAAAACUAUGAACUCAAGGUAGAUCUCAACAGCGAGUAUCGUGAAAAACGCAAGGAAACUGUCAAAAAAGUCAUUGCUAAUAUGACCAUCGGAAAAGACGUUUCUUCCUUGUUUGCUGAUGUCGUCAAAAACAUGCAGACUGAGGAUUUGGAAUUGAAGAAAUUGGUUUAUCUUUACUUGAUCAACUACGCCAAAUCUCAGCCCGAACUCGUCAUUUUGGCUGUAAAUACGUUUGUCAAGGACUCAGAUGAUCAUAACCCGCUUAUUCGAGCAUUGGCCAUUCGAACUAUGGGAUGUUUGCGAGCUGAGAAAAUUGUCGAUUAUUUACUCGAGCCUCUCAAAAAGGGCCUCAAGGACGAGGAUCCAUAUGUUAGAAAGACUGCCGCACUAUGCGUUGCAAAAUUGUUUGACUUGAACCCCGGUAUUGCCAUUGACAAUGGGCUUAUCUCUAUUCUUCAAGAUAUGCUAUCUGAUCGCAAUCCAAUGGUAAUUACCAAUGCUGUGGCUGCACUGGUCGAAAUCAGUAACGCUUCUGCUCAAAAAGAUAUAUUCGUCAUUACCGAUUUUCUUUUGCAGAAACUGCUGGCUGCUCUCAACGAAUGUACAGAAUGGGGUCAGAUCUGUAUCUUAGGGUCACUUGCCACAUAUCGCCCACGCGAUGUUCGAGAGGCUAGCGAUAUAAUCGAGCGUGUUAUCCCUCGUCUUCAGCAUGUCAACUCCAGUGUGGUUUUGUCUGCAGUCAAGACCCUCAUGAUCUAUCUUGGUUACAACUUUUCUGAAGAAUUAGACAAGACUAUUAUUCGCAAGCUCGCUCCUCCAUUGGUGACUCUUCUCUCCUCGCAGCCUGAAAUCCAAUAUGUGGCACUUCGCAACAUCAACUUUAUCCUUCAAAAACGUCCUGAAAUUCUUACCCAAGAAGUUCGUGUUUUCUUUACAAAGUACAAUGACCCACCCUAUGUAAAGCUGGAGAAACUAGAAGUAAUUAUCAAGUUGUGCUCAGAAGCCAAUGUAGACCAAGUUAUUUCCGAGUUGAAGGAAUAUGCCAGUGAAGUGGAUGUGGAUUUUGUUCGUAAAUCUGUACGUGCAAUUGGCCGAUGUGCCAUUAAAAUCAGUUCUGCCUCUGACAAAUGUAUCCACACCCUUCUUGAACUCAUCAAACUUGGUGUGACGUAUAUUGUUCAAGAGUCCAUUGUAAUUAUCAAGGAUAUAUUCCGCAAGUACCCCUCAAAAUACGAAGGCAUUAUUCCAGAGCUAUGUCAAAAUCUAGAACUUCUUGAUGAGCCCGAGGCCAAGGCAUCUUUAAUUUGGAUUAUUGGCGAAUAUUCUGACCGCAUUGAGAAUGCAUCCGAGUUUCUUGAGCACUUUUUGGAGAGUUUCAAGGAUGAGGCAUCCAAAGUGCAGCUGCAGUUGAUUACAGCCACUGUGAAACUAUUUUUAAAACGGCCAGGCUCGGCUCAGAAUCUUGUUCAGCGCGUACUGCAAACAUCUACUCAAGUCAAUGAUAACCCAGAUAUCCGUGAUCGUGCAUACGUGUACUGGCGACUAUUGUCCUCCAACCCUCAGGCAGCCAAAGCAGUGGUAUUGGCUGAAAAACCACCUAUUGAGUCGAAUACAGGAACGGUUAGUGAAGGGUUGUUGGAUGAGUUGAUUUUAAAUAUCUCUUCUCUUGCUUCAGUGUAUCACAAAUCGCCUGCAUUGCUUGGAGGAGCUUCGUUGGUAGAUUUAGCACAGUAUCGACAAGACUUUGCUGACGGCGAAGAUGAGUCUGAUUUACGUCGGAGCGCUGUACAACAAGCUGUUCAGGCUAUGGAUGACACAAGUAUGAUUGGGAAUUUGCUUGAUCUGGAUUUUAGUACUCCGGUGAUUCAACCCAAUCUAGUCGCUUCUGGUGCGAAUGCUACAACUCUUGAUCGUCGUGGUAUUACUGAUUUACUCUCACUGGAUAUGGAUAUGUCGCCUGUUGCACCCUCUCCCAUGAAUGACGGUGCAUUUGGGCUUGAUAAAAUGGGCUCUCCUGGUCGUACAAAUUCUGGACCUCGAUAUGUAUUUCCCAAGACAGUGAUGUUAUCUGCCAGCACCUCCCAAGGGCUUGAUCUUAGCGGCACCUUUGCACACAGAAAUGGUGCUUUAUUUUUAGACUUGAGCUUCUCCAAUGCAUCUGCUGGACCCAUGUCAGAGUUUGCGAUUCAAUUCAAUGUUAAUAUGUUUGGAAUCACCCCACUGGCUGCACUCACAGUUCCGGAGCCUCUAGCACCGGGAGCAGUAGCCUCAAUUUCUCUGUCACUCGGCACUACAGGAAAUACACAAAAAACUGAUCCUGCUAAUCUUGUUCAAAUUGCUGUCAAAAACAACUGCGGCGUAUUUUAUAUGCAGACGUACGUGCCUCUGCAUGUAGUGUUGAUUGCAGUUUCCGAUUCCUCGCCCAUUGCAUUCAAUUCCGUGUGGAAUAGUGCUAGCGGUGGUGAAAAGACAUUUACGCGUGCUAGUGGUAAUAUGAAUGACAUGGCUAGUAAGCUUCAACAAAAUGGAUUUAGUAUUGUGAGCCAAACCCAACAGAUGAUUCAAGCACUUGCAAAGACCUGCACAAACUCAAUGCUUGCACUACAGAUACAAGAGGAUGUACUGGGUGAUGUGCAAAUUGUUGUCAGAUCUCCUGCGCAUGAUAUUGUUGCUAUAGCUCAACAAUCGCUUGAUGGUAUUCUUGCUUGACGCAAUGGUCCAAAAUAAACAUUUAUUUUUGUCAAGCCACUAUA